UGGGUUUUCUUAAUUUGUGACGGAUGUGUAACUCUAUCCUGCAAGUCAUUAAUCACCUCUCCUUCCUUCUAGAAAGUUCAUCCCGUUCGAGGGGGGGACAAACCACAAACAACAACAAAACAACCCUACCCAUCUAGCCAACACCACGUUCUAAACGACAAAAACAGUUACUACUAUGAGUAACCAAGAUGGAGGCCAGCAACUAAAAGGGGAGCAGUUGCAACUCGAGAAGAAACUGCGCCUCAAGGUGGAUUUGCGACUAUGCACAAUCGCCGGCCUACUAUGUAGUCUGAACCUGCUGGACUCCGGAAUCAUAUCCUCUGCUUCAGUGACGAGCAUGAUCUCCGAUCUGGGUCUGGAGGGAACCCGAUAUUCAGUUUCGAUCUUCAUCUUCACAGUAUCCAGUGUCGUUUUUCAACUACCCUCCACAAUCGCUGUGCGAUUUAUCGGUCCCCGCAUAUGGUUCGCGUUGAUAACGUUUUGUUUCGGCCUCAUCACACUGUGUACUGCCUUUGUGCAGUCAUGGCGCCAGAUGAUUGCUCUACGUGUCUUGCUUGGUAUUUCCAUGUCCGGGAUAUAUCCCGGGUUGACCUAUCUGAUAAGUACAUGGUACACGCGCAAAGAGCAGCAAUUACGAUUCGCGUUUUUGCAGUCCGGUGAAGUCCUCGUUCUCGCCACGGGGAGUAUUGUGAAUUACGGACUGAAUCAUCUCGACAGCCGGGCUGGUUUGGCCGGAUGGCGAUGGAUGUAUAUCGUCCAGGGAUCGAUUACCUGUUUGAUUGGUAUCAUGACUUAUUGGUGGAUGAUCGAUUUCCCAGAAAAGGCUGCGAAAUCAGUUUGGUUUCUGUCCGAGGCGGAAAUUCAACUUGCCAUAGAUCGUAUUCGUGCUGAUAGAGGUGAUGUUAUUCCUGAUCCUUUUUCGUGGAAGAAAGUUGCUGUCAACUUUCUGGACCCAAAAUUGUAUGGGUUUUCGGUUUUGUUUUUCUUGUUGAACCUGGUAUCGACGUCGAUGUCUUACUUCCUGCCUAUAAUUCUGGAGUCUGGUAUGGGAUUCUCGGAAAAUGCUAGCAUUGUACUUUCUGCUCCGCCAUACUACUGGGCCGUCAUCCCCGUCCUCUUCACCUCCCUCAUAGGGGACAAAUACCGCCUCCGGGGACCACUAAUCAUCUUCAAUGCCCUGGUCCUAAUUGUAGGCUUCCUCAUGUUCGGCAUCAAGGCCUCCCACCAAGUCACAGUCCGCUAUAUAGGCACAUACCUCGCCACGGGUGCGUAUGUAUCCAAUUGGGCAGCCCUAAACGCUUACCAAGCCAAUAAUAUCGUGGGUCAAUGGAAACGGGCCACCAUCGCCGCUGCCGUUACGGCAUGUAAUGGUUUGGGAGGGAUAGCGGGGAGUUUUAUCGUUCGUCAACACGAAGCACCUUGGUAUCCGACUGCGGUGUGGGUGUCGAUUGGGUCGCAUAUCUUGAUGAUUGUGAUUGUGUGUGGUUUUACGGUUUAUUUCAAAAUGGAGAAUAAUUUGGAGAAGAGGAGGAAGAGGGUCAUUGAGGGGACGCCCGGGUUCAGGUAUACAUAUUAGAAGGGUGGAACGAUGCUUGGAUGGAGAGAUAUCACGACUUUACGACACAGCCCUAAAAGCAGGUAUAUAAUACACGGAUGGAAUUUAUGACUAGAAGAUUCUAACACUCUAACCUAAUCAAUUGGAGUAUGAUCAAAAGUAUCUGCAACUCGAUACAGGAUUUGCGGGGGUAUACAACUGACGAAUUAAACGAAUGAAUGAUGAAAUAGACAGCCAAUGAUAAGACAUAUACAAGAUCCUUCUUACGUAGAACUGGAAAUGAUCAUAUCAUAUCCAGUAGGAGAUAUAGCUUUUGAAUCAGAUCCCCCGAUCAGUCUGUUCCAAUUUACUCACUAACCUCUUCAUACC